AUGGCAGACGAUGUGGACGUAUGUGCGAUAUGUGCUGAUAAUUUCAUUGUUAACAGCAAAGUAAUAAAGUGCAAGCUGUGUGUGAAAUCAUUCCAUCCUGUGUGUGUUGGGUUGAAGGAUCUAAUCUGCAAGUAUCUAUGUGAGUUUGAUAAUUUGAUCUGGUUUUGUGAUAACUGCAAACAAGUAGGAAACUCUAGCGUCACUAAAUCGCAGCUGGAUGUUAAUAGUGACAGUAAUUCGCAUAUGUUGAUACUGCAAAAAGAAAUCGAAUGUCUUAAUAGAGAGAAAGAUAUCCAGGCUAAAUUAAUUAGUGAACUCGAGUCUUCCUUGGAGUUACAUAAAUUCAAAUCCGAUACGUUACAAAAAGAGCUCAGUGAGGCAAAAAGUGCUGUUGCUCCAGUAAAAAAUAUUGCUAGCACGAACACGUAUAGUCAGGUAUUACAGAAAAAUGUAAAGAAUGAGAAAAAUGUAGAAUCGUCUGUUUUACUAGUGAAAUCAGCUGAUAGGAAUAAUAGAGAUGAUGUGCUACAAGUCUUGUCAAAAACGAUUAUUCCUUCUCGUUUAAAUAUAUGCAUUAGCGGCACUAAGAAAAUUAAAGAAGGGGUUGCUGUGUACUGCAAGGGAGAUGACGAUGUGGCAAAACUAAAAAAUGCUGUCAAUGGUCAACUAAAUGGCCGUUUGACUGCCAACGAGUUGAAAAAAUACAACCCCCGUCUGUUAGUAAAAAAUGUGAAUUUCUCUGAUGAUAUCAAGGAUGACAAGAUGUUAAUUGAGAACAUCGUGGGAUUGAAUGACAUGGAUGAUCAUGCGGAUUUAAAAGUUAUCACCAAAAUUGAGAGAACUCGUCAAAUAGUUCUGGAAGUAUCCCCUGAUUUACGCAAGAAGCUUCUAACACGAGGCUAUGUCUGGUUGGGUUGGAGAAAGUGUCCUAUUGUUGAUCAUCUGCGGAUAACCCAGUGCUUCAGAUGCUGUAAGUUCGGGCAUAUUGCUAAGCAAUGCAAAUCGUCUACCUCUGCAUGCAUCAAAUGCUCAAGAGAUCAUAUGGCAAAUCAGUGCGAGGUCGCAAGUGACCAGGUGAAAUGUAUAAAUUGUGUAAGUUAUGGUUCUAAGUCUAAGUCACACGUCCAAGUUAAUCAUGCUGCAAAUGAUUCUCAUUGUCCGGCUUAUAUAAAUUAUGUGCGCAAUUUGAGAAAUAGAAUUAACUUUGAUUAG